GAGAGAGAGAGAGAGAGAGAGAGAGAGAGAGAGAGGCGCCAGAAAACGAAAAGAAAGCAAUUCUGAGGAACUCAAAGAAAACGAAUAAAGAGUAAAGAAAAAAACUCCCUCUUUUUUCUCCCCUGCAAAAUUCAAAGCGUCUUCGACUAUCCUUCCUUCGAAAUCAAGGGUUAGCGUUUGUAAAUUUGCUUCGAUUUCCCUUUCUCGGGAGCCUCUCUCUCUCUCUCUGGACUUGUUACACAUCAAAAUCAGUACCAUAGCACUCACAACUCUCUAAAAUUCUUUAUUUGUAUCUUGUGAUUCUUUCAUUUCUACUUCUCAGACAUCCUAGCUUCGAAUUGGCAAUUUAUUCUAUAUAAAAAAAAAAUCAGAAUCAAGGGUUUUACUCAUUCAACAGAUAUUUAUAUAGCUGAGAUCUGAGGCACUUUUGUGCAUCAUGGCGGUUCCAACGAUAGCGUUGUAUGCGAGUCCCCCGAGUAGUGUGUGUUCAGCGCCGCAUCCAUGUCAGAUCAAUUCACACGCAUCUUACGACUUUGAUUUGAACGGUAGAUCUACACCCUCCUCGUCAUCGACCACUUCGCCAUCUCAGAAACCUCUUGUCGGUGGCCUCUCCUGCCUAUUCUCAUCGCCGUCGGUGAAACAUUCUUCAUCGUCCAGCUAUUCGGGUGGGAGUGAAGAAUUAGGGUCGUUGUGGCACGAUAGAAGCGAAGAGUUGACUACUUCUUUUUGGUACUCCUCGUUCAAUUCGUCUUUAAAACGAGAUCAGAGCCCCGUAUCGGUGUUUCAGGGCCCGGUUACCUGCAGUAGCAGUGUAGCUAGUUCACCUUCGAGAACUCCACCUCUGAGAUUUGCACGCGAAAGGGAUUGUGGAGAUGUAAAUGUGAAUUUUCACGGUUCAAUUAGGGCGGGAACAAAUGGAUUGUUUCAGGGGUUCGUAAGGCAUGCGAUGGGUUCGUGCGUCGAUUAUGAUUCGCCUAGUUUUCAAGUGCACGAUGUGGAGUCGUCUUCUGGUUUGGUGGAUGAACUCACGUUUCAUAUGGAGGAUACUUUUAUGGAGUUGAAUUCGGAACCGUAUGUUAAAGAUUUGCUUUUGGGUGCACAAUUGAGACACAAGAUAUUUUGUGAUGAUUGUGUUAUUAAGGCUUUUUACGAGGCUGAGAAAGCUCAUAGAGGGCAGAUGCGAGCAAGUGGGCAUCCAUACUUACAGCAUUGUGUGGAAACUGCGGUGUUGCUCGCAACAAUUGGUGCUAGCACCACAGUAGUUGCUGCAGGGCUUUUACAUGACGCGCUUGAUGAUUCUUUUAUGAGUUAUGACCAUAUUUUCCGGACAUUUGGUGCUGCUGUUGCUGAUUUGGUGGAAGGGGUGUCGAAGCUGAGUCAUUUGAGCAAGCUUGCACGUGAUAACAAUACAGCGAGUAAGACUGUUGAGGCAGAUCGACUCCAUACAAUGUUCCUUGCAAUGGCAGAUGCCAGGGCUGUUCUCAUAAAACUGGCUGAUCGAUUGCAUAAUAUGAUGACAUUAGAUGCAUUACCUUUGAUCAAGCAACAGAGAUUUGCUAAGGAAACUUUGGAGAUAUUCGCUCCCCUAGCCAAUCGUUUAGGAAUCUGUAGUUGGAAAGAGCAACUAGAAAAUCUCUGUUUUAAACAUCUCAAUCCAGAUCAGCACAAAGAACUGUCCUCCAAACUUCUGAAGUCUUUCGAUGAAGCCAUGAUUACCUCUUCUGUAGAGAAAUUGGAGCAAGCUCUUAAGGAUGGAGCCGUAACUUACCAUGUUCUAUCAGGGCGGCACAAGAGCUUGUAUAGCAUCUACUGCAAAAUGCUGAAGAAGAAGCUGACCAUGGAUGAAAUUCAUGAUAUUCAUGGGUUGCGAUUGAUCGUUGAAAAUGAGGAAGACUGUUAUGAAGCACUGAGAAUAGUUCAUAACGUAUGGUCGGAAGUGCCUGGGAAGUUCAAGGACUACAUAAAUCAUCCCAAGUUUAAUGGGUAUCAAUCUCUACACACAGUGGUGAUGGGUGAGGGCAUGGUUCCACUUGAAGUUCAGAUUCGAACAAAGGAGAUGCAUUUACAAGCUGAGUAUGGAUUUGCAGCUCAUUGGAGAUACAAGGAAGGAGAUUGUAAGCACUCUUCCUUUGUGCUGCAGAUGGUUGAGUGGGCACGUUGGGUUGUCACCUGGCAGUGUGAGACAAUGAGCGAAGACCGUUCAUCCAUUUGCCAUGUUGACUCCAUGAGGCCACCAUGCACAUUCCCUUCUCAUUCUGAAGAUUGCCCUUAUUUGUGUAAACCUCACUUUGGGCCUGAGGGACCUGUCUUUGUCAUCAUGAUCGAAAAUGAUAAGAUGUCAGUACAGGAAAUCCAAGCAAACUCAACCGUGAUGGACCUGCUGGAAAGAGGUGGUCGGGGAAGCUCUAGAUGGACUCCAUAUGGGUUUCCGGUUAAGGAGGAGCUGAGGCCAAGGCUGAACCAUGUGCCUGUUAGUGAUCCCACCUGCAAGCUAAAAAUGGGUGAUGUGCUGGAAUUAACUCCAGCCAUACCGGACAAGUCAUUGACGGAGUACAGGGAGGAGAUUCAGCGUAUGUAUGAUCGAGGUCUUACUGUAUCAGGCACAAUGCCUGCUGCCAGUGGCACAGUUGGGUGGAGAAGCUGACCCUUGGUUGUUUUCUUGCCUUUGUAGUAUAUUAAGUGGCAAUUAGUUAUUCUUGUAUAUAAAUGAUAAAUGUAUGUACCGACAGCUUUUGGUUUCCGUUUAUGAAAUAUGACUAACUGCAUUCGACCAAGGGCAAAACUUUCUAUUCUCCUUGUUGAAUUGGUACAAUGCUAACAUUUGUUUUUGUGUAUCAAGUUUGAAGUUUUUGGGAACCUCGG